UAGCAGUUUUAUUUACAGUCUGAACCAUAAGAUCAAAAUUCAACUGGACCCAUUUGCAUUACUAUAUUUCUCCUAUUGCAUCAUAUGCAGCAGUAGGAUCUUUCGGAAACUGAUAAAUAAGCAAAAUCCGGCCGACUAAAGCCGUACCCGCAACCAACCUUGCCGGCAAAAAUGGAGUUCCUCCUCAAUUGCUUACUCUGCCUCAUCUUCACCGUCACCAUCCUCCGACUCCUGCUGUCAAGAAAACACAGCAAUCAAACCCCGGCGGCCAAACUCCCUCCCGGUCCGACCCGACUGCCAAUCAUCGGCAACAUCCACAAUUUAGACGCCAAUCCUCACAAAUCACUGGCCGAGCUUGCCAAAGUACACGGGCCCUUGAUGAGCAUCAAGCUCGGCAAAGUCACAACCAUCGUCGCUUCUUCUCCAGCUGCAGCCAGGGAGAUUCUCCAAAAGCAAGACAAGCUCCUCUCCGACCGCUACGUCACCCUGGCCAUGGAAGUCGUCGACCACCACAACUUCUCCCUGCCGUUGCUCCCCGCGGAAGCCAAGUGGAGGAACCUCAGGAAAGUGUGCAACUCGUGUAUCUUCGCGACCCAGAAGCUGGAUUCGUACCGGGAGCUCCGGAGGGAGAAGGUUCUGGAGCUCCUGGAAGCUGUUCGACUAAAUGCCUCUGAGAGGCCAGGGGAGGCGAUCGACGUACGGAGGGAGGUGUUCAGGGCGACGUUGAAUUCGCUGUCGUCGACCAUCAUUUCGCUGGAUCUGGGCGAUGUGGAGAGGUCGGAGACUGCCAGGGAGUUUAGGGAGCUUGUGAGGAGGAUUAUAGAACAGACUGGCAAGUUCAAUUUGGGAGACUACUUCCCUGUUCUGGCGAGGAUGGAUUUGCAGGGGAUACAGAGGCGGCUGAGGCCUCAAUUGGAGAAAGUUUUGAACUUGUUCCAAUGGGUCGUCGACGAGCGGCUGGAGAAGAUGAAGUCGGAGAGCUAUGUCCCGGCAAACGACAUGCUUGAUAAACUUCUGGCCAUUGGAGAGGACGACGAGGACAACCACGAGGGAGCUACCAUGGAUCCAUUUUGCAUCAAGCACUUGUUGUGGGAUCUCUUCGUAGCGGGUACCGAUGCAACGGUGAGCACAAUAGAAUGGGCCAUGACAGAGCUCCUCCGCAACCCCGUCACGCUCGCUAAAGUCAAGGAAGAACUGGAUCAAAUCAUCGGGAAAGGCAACCACCUUCACGAAUCGGACAUCCAUCGGUUACCGUAUCUGCAAGCGAUAGUGAAAGAGACCUUGAGACUGCACCCACCAGGCCCGCUGCUACUUCCACGUAGAGCAAGCGCCGACGUGGAAGUCUGUGGCUUCCUCGUUCCCGAAGGUGCGCAAAUUCUCGUCAACGUGUGGGCUAUAGGUCGGGACUCUCUGACAUGGGACGACCCGAACUCGUUCGUGCCGGAAAGAUUCCUGGGCUCCAAGGUUGACGUCAAGGGCAACGAUUUUGAGCUGCUUCCAUUUGGCGGCGGGAGAAGGAUAUGUCCCGGGGCUUCGUUGGCACUGAGGAUGCUGCAUAUGAUGUUGGGCUCGAUGGUUCACUGGUUCGAAUGGGAACUUCCGGAUGGCGUCCCGCCGGAGAAGGUAGACAUGGAGGAAGAGUUCGGGCUGGCUCUGCAAAAGGUCAAACCUUUACUUGCCGUUCCGACUCCGAGAAGUGCCAUGUGAACAGGAUAAGCACGGUAUUCCAAAAUUGUUGUUGUUGUUGUUGUUAUGAUAUAGUAACCAAUAAUAUGGAUUAGAAGCUAGAGCUGGUCAGCUAGCUAAGCAGAAAUAAUACCACAUCGGCAGCAAGAGGGAGUGAAAGUGGGCGGAGACUGAGUAUAUAAUCGCUUGGCAGGCCGAGGGAAAAAUUUAUCUUUGCGCUUGGGGCAAUGACGCAGCUAGUGAGGUAAUAACCGAGGCGCGUCAAUUGCUGGUUGAAAACUAUUUCCAAACCCCCUCUUGGGCCGCGGCUUGCCUGUGGCCCUCGAGAAUUUCUGGAAGGGCUCCCUUCGGGGUAAAGCCCUACAAUUCUUAGUCAAAUCUUUUUUUUUCUAAUGGGCCGGGCCUCCUUAUAAACUAUGUACAAUUGGGCUGUAAUAAUUAAUAGAUGUAGCAUCUCGUUUUGGUAAGUUACAAGGCUAAUCAGGUUUGAUGUGCAGUGAGCUAUAUAUAAUCAUAUUUGCGCUGCUACUGCUUGUUGAAACUCGAAAGAAGAAUUGCAGAAUACCAUGUUUGAGCAGAAGAAUUCCUUUGCUUAUACGAGCAAGAGCGACAUUCAAAAAUGGAUGGCGGGCUUCGAUCUUUCGUGCCGGUAGAUGUGGGUAAACGAAAUGGGAAUCCCAGAUGUUCUUUUCUGCAGCAGCUUAUUGACUGGGAGAGUAAAAUUUCUCACAUUCCAGCAUAUCCUAAUGCAGCAGCAUUGUGUCCAGACUCCAGUGCUUUCCCAGAAUUAAACACCACAUCGAUGAUGGACGUAAGACCACCGCUUUCCCUAGCACAGUAUGGCUAUAUAAUCCAACUCGAACUGUUCAGAUUUCUUCACCCAGCCUUGCAGUGAGUACAUAGCGAACUAUUCUUUCGCCUUUUACUAAAGAAUACCAGUUUAAGGAACAACCCUCCAAAAAUAACCUAGUUCAACAAGUUACGAGGUUUCUCUUUAAUGAAAUCAAAUUGAUCCAACUUCAGCUGCCAUACUGGUAAAGCUUGACAGGAAACUGCAUAUAAGGAAAGACUUGCUGUCUGUUUCUACAUCCAUUGUUCUUCGAAUCAAACAUCAGAAGCAUAACUUGUAUCCAUAGAUCGAAUCCGAUAGUAUUCCUUGAAACAUGUUAUACAAGCCAAGUCGAACUUGUCCCCCUUUUUUUCAUGCAGAAUUGCUGUGAGUAAAUAUCGAAUUGGCGAGGACGGGACAACUAAUCAUCGUAUCAACAUAAAAAGCAAUAACGCUUAGUUCAUAGUAAUGAAAUCCCAGGGAACAAAAAGGGCCAUAUCACACUAAUCAUAGAGCCAAACUGAGUUCAUCCAUGUUGAAAUACCACAUCGGUGGUGGACUGAAGACCACCCAAUCCUUGGCACAGCUUGGCUAUAUAACUGAACUCCAGCAUUACUGUUUUCUUCACGCAGCCUUGCAGUGAGCACAUAGCGAACUAUUCUUUCGCCUUUUACUAAAGAAUACCGUGUGCG